CUUCGAUUGAUUAGUAAGCGCUGCGGCAAAAUUUAUUUCUGGGAAUUUUUUAUUCAAAGCAAGUUGUUAGUUGCAUACAUAUUUAAAUAUAAACGAACGUUUCAAUGGCAUCAAAGGCUUCUCUACCCCUAAAAAUGCUUUUAAAUUGUUUCGCCCACAUUAAGACCGUGGCUGGCACACAAAAUCUAAGAUUGCGUUGCAAUUCCAAGACACAAUUUCCACGCUGCUAUACCACAGAGAAGCAGCAGCAGCAGCCAACGGGUAAUGAGGCGAUGGAGGGGAAAUCGCCACUAUCGCCGGAAAUUGAUCGGCUGACGCAAGAGUUGAGCACGGCUAAAGAGCAAAACCGUGAACUACUAGACAAAUAUAAGCGAGCGUUGGCCGAUGGCGAGAAUAUGCGCACACGGCUCAAUAAACAGAUUAGCGACGCGAAAAUCUUUGGAAUACAAAGUUUCUGCAAGGAUUUGCUUGAGGUGGCCGAUACACUAGGCCACGCAACGCAAGCAGUCCCCAAGGAUAAGCUUAACGGCAAUGCAGAUCUAAAGAAUCUCUUCGAGGGGCUCUGCAUGACACGGGCAUCUCUGCUACAGGCUUUCAAGCGUCAUGGCCUGGAGCCUGUCGAUCCAAUCAAUACGAAAUUUGAUCCCAAUAUGCACGAGGCAUUAUUCCAGAAGGAGGACACUACGGUUGAGGCCAAUACUGUUGUGGAGGUAACCAAACUCGGCUAUAAGCUGCACGAGCGUUGCAUACGGCCAGCCCUAGUGGGAGUGUCCAAAUGUUGAUAGCAUCUUUUUGUGAUAUCCCCCUCAAAAUCAUAUUUUGUGUACUUGCUGAAAGCUCCAUUUACAUAGCCAUUCUCCAUUUUUUGCAAAUUUGUCUUAUGCUAUGUACGUUACUAUGUAAAUAUAAGUUUGCCAAUGUAUAGACAAUUGCAUAGUAGUUAGUGAAAUUAGAAUUCACUAGAGUUUAAAGUGAGGCAACGUUAGAUUUUAAGUGCUCUAUGGUUCGUUCAGAAGCAAAAACAUAUUUUUACCACAGUUGUCUGUAAGAAACCAGACCUUAGGGCUUUUGCUUUAAUAAACUAAUUAGUUUUUUUUUUUUAA